UCUUCGCAUCCUCUAACCUUUUCAGUGGAUUCUCCGGCAUUUUGUCGCGUCAAAAACAAUCAUCGUUCCGAAUCCAAAGUUAUAAAAUAGCUACAACAACACAAAUGUUCUCAAACUAGACUUAGUUAUUGUUUUUUAAGAAAAAAACAAAAGAUAUUUAUAAUUUCCAUACAUAGUGACUAGUCAGUAUGAAAUAAUCGUAUCCAAAAAAACAGAUAGUGUUAUUUUUCAUUGCUUGGCAGCGAUAUGUUUACGUGUUCUUGUUAUUAUUAAAAAUUUAAAACAAUGGAAGCGGCAAGUGAGCAAUCAAAUGUUCCACCCCAAGAAAUGCCACCAAUGAAUAACGAGCAAGAACAUCCAGAAGAGCCGAUGGAGGAAAGUGAGGAAUAUGGCUAUGAAGGUGAUGAAUAUCGACAUUAUAUGCAUCGAGGGAGAGGUGGCUUCAGUCCUCACGAUAGGGGGUAUGACUAUGGAAUGAGAGGAGGAGGAGGAAUACCAAGAUUUAGAGGACGAGGUUUUGGACCAAGAGGACCUAUGUAUAGAGGUACUAAUAAUGGAUAUCCAUAUGAAGGACCACCGCGUCCCAAUUGUCCGCCAGGACCUCAGGGACCAAGAUAUAGGGGCCCCCCACCAUUUGAUCCGAGCUGGGGACCCAUGGGACCACCUAAUAUGAUGGGGCCGCCUAAUUUAAUGGGGCCUCCGGGAAUGCCACCGCCGCAUAUGAUGAAUGGCCCUGUUGGAUCAGGAAAUCCUUACGGACCACCUGGAAUGGGCCCACCAAACAUGAAUAGCAUUCCAGGUCAGCAACAGCCACAACAAUCUCAGCAGCAAAACAACAUUCCAGGACUGGAUCUUAAUGGCGAGGUAUGGGUGGAAACUAAGACAUCGGAUGGCAAGUCUUAUUUUUACAAUAUUCGAUCUAGAGAAACUACAUGGACUAAACCGGAGGGACCAAAUGUCCGAGUUAUGGGUCAAGAUCAGUUGGAGCAACUAGUUCAUAGUGCAGCAAAACAACCAGUACGAGAGACAGGAUCUGCAGUAUCACCUAAUCAACAGCCGUCUCAACAACCUCAACAACAACAACAACAACAAUCGCCGAUGGCCGAAAAUCGAGUUCCUCAAGCUAUUGAACAAUCACCAAAUGCGGAAGUAAUGAAUCAAACCAAUACUGCGCCACCAGGAACAGGUCCUCCACCGAUGCUGACUGAAGCUCAAGAAAUGAACCCUCCACAACCAACUCCAGAAGUCGCACAAGCGAAUGGAACAGCAUCCACUGUUGUCAAUACAGCCCCAGUAAAUUCUGCAACGCCAGCAGUAACAACAAACAUGCUUCAACCGCCUCCUAACAUGGUUCCAAUGCAGCACCGAAUGCCAAAUCAAUAUGGGGGGCCUAUGACUACACCUUUCAACGCCGCACCUUUUGGAAUGCCACCACCAGGAUUUCAACCUUUCGGUGGAUAUGGUCCUCCACAGACUGGAUGGGGCAUGCCUCAAAUGCCUCAUGGUGUAAUGACUCCACAAACUCCAGCAGAAGAUCCAGCAAUUUUAGCUCAAUUAGAUUCUGAACUUGUAGCAGCAGCGAUGGUCUGGUCUGAGCAUCGCGCACCUGAUGGGAGAUUAUAUUAUUACAAUAGCAAAGCGGGUGAAUCAGUUUGGGAAAAGCCACAGGCACUGAAAGAUUUUGAAUCAGCAAAAAUUGCAGUCAGACAAAAAACGGAAGAGGCGGCAAUGACAACAGCAAAUGCAGCUAUUACAGCAGAUGUAAAGCAGGAGAAACCAUCAGAGGGUGUGAAUGAUACCAAAGAAAGCGUGAAGGAGUCAGAAGCAGCAAAGAAGAAGGAGGAUACACCAAAAGAAGCAACAAAACCACAGGACAAAUCAAGGCCGAUUUCAAGCACCCCAGUUCCUGGUACUCCAUGGUGUGUAGUCUGGACAGGAGAUGGUCGAGUAUUUUUUUACAAUCCUUCAUCAAGAAUUUCUGUAUGGGAAAGACCAGAUGAUCUUCUUGGUCGACAGGAUGUUGAUAAGAUGAUUUCAACCAUGCCUGAAACUGCAGUGAGCCAGAAGAGCGUCAAACAAUCGGAAUCGAGUGAAAGUAGCGAUGAUGAUCAGCCAACUCCAGCUAAAAAAGCUAAACAAGAAGAACCUGAGGUUACAGCUACGAAAGAGGAGGAAGAGAAAGAGAGCAAAAAGACGAUCGAUAUUGGUAAAGAGGCCGCAAUUGAAGCCGAAGUUCGUGCUGCACGAGAACGAGCAAUUGUACCACUCGAGACGAGGAUAAAAUCAUUUAAAGAAAUGCUUGCCGAGAAAGAUGUUUCCGCCUUUAGCACUUGGGAAAAAGAACUCCAUAAAAUCGUAUUUGAUCCACGUUAUCUUCUGCUGACGUCUAAGGAAAGGAAGCAGGUUUUUGAAAAAUACGUGAAGGAAAGGGCUGAAGAGGAACGCAGGGAAAAAAGGAAUAAAAUGAAAGAGCGAAAGGAACAGUUUCAAAAGCUUUUGGAGGAAGCUAAUCUCCAUGGAAAAUCAUCGUUCAGUGACUUUGCACAAAAACACGGUCGUGAUGAGCGUUUUAAAAAUGUUGAAAAGAUGCGCGAGAGGGAAAGUCUUUUUAAUGAAUACCUGCUGGAAGUGCGAAAGCGAGAAAAAGAGGAAAAAACAGCCAAACGCGAACAGGUGAAAAAGGAUUUCAUGUCGAUGCUGCGGGAGCACAAAGAUAUCGACAGGCAUUCGCAUUGGAGUGAUUGCAAGAAAAAAUUGGAGUCUGAUUGGAGAUACCGUGCAGUGGAUUCAGCAAAUACACGUGAGGAUUGGUUCAGGGACUAUGUAAGGCUGUUGAAGGAAGAACGUAAGAAAGACAAGGAGAGAGACAAGGAUAAGGACAAAGAUCAUCGCCAUAGGGAUAAAGAUCAUCACAAGUCAGACAAGAAGGACAAGGAUCGUAAGGAUGAUAAAUAUAAGGAUAAAUCAAAGGAUAAAGAUAAAGAUAAGGACAAGGAAAGUUCAAAGGACAAAAAACGACGUAGUGACAAUUCUACUGAAGAGAAUGGAAAAGAUAAAAAGGAAUUAGAAAAAGAAAGUGGAGAAAUUGAAGAACAUGAUGAAAAAUCUAAAAAAGAUAAUGAUAAAUACGAGAAUGACGAGCAUUCAGACUCGGAGGAGGAUCGUGAGAAGCAAAAGCGCGAACGUGAGAGAAGAGCUGAGGCAAGUCUUCGAGAAAGAGAACGAGAAGUUCAGCGAACAUUGGCGACUCAUUUACGUGAUCGAGAUAAAGAAAGACAGCAUCACAGACACACUGAAGCUGUCCAGCACUUUAGUGCACUUCUCGCUGACUUGGUAAGAAAUAGUGAUCUAGCUUGGCGAGAGGCUAAACGUCAGUUAAGGAAAGAUCACCGAUGGGAACUUGCUGAUAGUUUGGAUCGAGAAGAAAAGGAGCGAUUAUUCAACGAACAUAUAGAGCAACUUGGUCGUAAGAAGCGGGAUAAGUUCCGGGAGCUCUUGGACGAAGUUGGAGCAUCGACCGAGCUCACGGCCUCCUGGAAGGAUAUAAAAAAACUACUUAAAGAUGAUCCAAGAUAUACUAAAUUCUCGUCUAGCGACAGAAAAUGUGAAAAAGAGUUCAAGGAAUAUAUUAAAGACAAAUUAGUAGCAGCAAAAGCAGACUUUAGAGAACUUCUACAAGAAACUAAAUUGAUCACUGAUAAAACAUAUAAAAAAGUUCAAGAAAACAGUGCGUGUUUAACGGAAAUAGAAGAUAUCUUGAGGAAAGAUAGAAGAUUCUUGGUCUUGGAAGCUGCGGCUUCUGAACGCACACGGUUAUUAAUGGGUUACCUUGAAGAAUUAGCACGCAGAGGUCCACCUCCACCACCUACUGCUUCAGAACCUUCACGCAGACCAACGACCAAGUAA